AUGGAUGAGAGAACUGCCUACAUUAUUUGCUUUAGCUCAACCAAACAUUUAAGGGAUAUGCUGCGGCAUUCCAUCAAUGAGGGUGAUCUUUGCAAUGUUGUUAGGCUCCUUGAGAAUGGAAAUAUUAACUUGGAGGAACGUGAUGCAGAGGGACACACUUAUUUGAUGUUGGCUGCAGAACAAGGCGAGCUGAACAUUGUACGUGAACUACUCGAUGCAAAUAUGGAUGUUAAUGAUGUUGAUAAUGAAAACUGGACAGCUCUUUUGUAUGCUGCAAAAGAAGGACAUUUGGAAAUUGUAAUUGAAAUCUUAGAAAAAGAUGCUGCACUUGACCACAGAGAUCUGUGUGGGUGGACAUCAUUGAUGUGGGCUUGUUACCAUGGUCACCUCACUAUUGUGCGGGAACUGUUACAGAAAGGUUCUAACUGUAACAUAAAAGCUGAGUAUAAUAUGACAUGUCUUGCCUGGGCUGCUGGUCGGGGUUAUGAAGAAAUAGUCAGAGAGUUAUUGACUUAUGGUGCUAAAGUCAAUGCUACAGAUAAGUAUGGAACAACGUCUCUUGUGUGGGGAGCUCGGAAGGGAUACAUGCCAAUUGUAGAAUUAUUAUUGGAAAAUGGGUCUGAUGUAGAUAUAACUGGAAUGAAUUCCUGGACAGCCUUAUUAGUAGCAACACGCGGAGGUUUUGCUGAGAUUGUUCACAAACUGCUUGAAAAGGAUCCACAUGUUAAUGCAGUUGACAAGGAUGGUUUCACGGCUUUGGCCAUAGCUGCAAAAGAAGGAUAUACAGAAAUUGCCCAAGCAUUGAUUGCUAAAGGAGCUUAUGUCAAUUUAACAGACAGGGCUGGUGACACAAUCCUCAUGCAUGCAGUCAAAGGUGGACAUUCAGAUGUUGUCAAAAUCCUGCUUUCCAAACAUGCUGAUGUCGAUGUAGCAGGAGCAGAGGGUAAAACUGCUCUGUAUUGGGGUGUGGAUAAGGGACACAAUGACAUUGUCAAACAAUUGCUGGCCUUAGAUCCAGAUCUUGAAAUUUGUAACAAGGAUGGUGAUACGCCACUUCUGAAGGCUGUGAGGCAUCGCAAUGAAGGAUGUGUGAUGAUGCUGCUGGAAAAAGGAGCUAAAGUAUCAGCAGUUGACAAAAAAGGGGACACUGCCCUCCACAUUGCCCUACGAGCUCGCAGCAAGAGGAUAACCGAAAUGCUUUUACGUAACCCCAAGAAUAGCCAGCUUUUAUAUAAGGCCAACAAGGGAGGUGAAACACCUUACAGUAUUGAUGCAUAUUACCAAAAAGGCAUCCUCACUCAAAUAUUUGGUCACAGAAACCUGAAUGCUAAUGAUGCAGAGAAUUUGCUUGGUUAUGAAAUCUACAGUAGUGCUCUAGCAGAUGUACUCAGUGAACCUUCCCUAAGUAUGCCUAUCACAGUUGGUCUGUAUGCAAAAUGGGGCAGUGGUAAAUCUUUCCUCAUUAGCAAAUUACAAAAAGAGAUGAAAUCAUUCACCCAACAAAAUGAAGGGGCCAAUUUCCAUUUCACAAAAACUGCUUUUAUUUUUUUAUUACUGAUUAAUACCAUCAUUGGUUUUAUACUGAGCAUGAUAUUUAACUGGAUUGUUGGACUAACUUCAGGCAUUGGUCUUUUCCUCUUACAGCUUGGUAUACUUGGUACACUUUGGUAUUGGGCCUCUCGCUAUCCAUCAAAGUUUGCAGUGCGAUUGGCUCGCUUGUGUGAGCAGCAAGUACAAAAUUUGGAUAUGUUAUUGUAUGUAUUAUUCUGGAAUCCUCGUAAACUUACUGUUACUGAAGUGCCUCGUGUAAGAUUCUUGUUCUCUGAUUGCACCCGCCUUACUAGUGUUGGUGGGGAGAAAUCAUUAGCAGCCAUGAUUGGGACCCUCAGUGAAUCUGCCGAGAGAGCCUAUGGAGUUAUAGUUACACGCCUUUUCCGUGUUGUUAAGAAUCAGUCCUACAAAAAAGGCAAAGGCAAAUUUAAAACUGUUUGCUGCAUUCCGUAUUUUGUCAUCAUUCAUUUUAUCCUGAUCUGCUUUUGUACAUCUUUGUAUCUUCUUGUGAAAAACGGCACUACAGACACUUCCAUCAAUGUUGCUAUGAUCACUCUGUCUAGUAUUGUGGUACUUUCUUUCAUCAUGAAUGUGCACACGUGGGGGCGUGCCCUGAUCUCGCUGACAAUUUCUCAAAAGAAACGGGUUCAAAGAGCAGCUGAUCAACUUGACCAUCUCAAAAUGGAUGGCUUCAUGCAAAAAUUGAAAUAUGAAGUUGACCUUCUCAGCAAAAUGGUUUUAUGCCUUGACUCCUUCACUGGCACCCAAACUCGUCUUGUAGUCAUUGUUGAUGGAUUAGAUAGUUGUGAACAAGGCAAAGUUCUCAAUGUGCUGGACACUGUCAAGACUCUCUUUUCUGAUGACCAUUCACCCUUUAUCACCAUCCUGGCUGUUGACCCCCAUAUCAUCAUCAAAGGGAUUGAGCAAAACCUACGAGUGUCUGUUCUGGACUCUAAUGUUAAUGGUUAUGACUAUCUGCGCAAUAUUGUACACUUGCCAUUUUUUUUGCAAAGCCAGGGACUCCGGGUCCAGAAAAGAGAUUCUGUGGUCUUUAGCUCACUUAGCACAGUUGAUUAUGGAGAGUCUCCAGGGAAGUUUAAGCAUACAGAUUCUGUGAUAUCAAACCAUACUUCAGAAAAUAAAAUGAAAAAAAUUAAACAGUGGCGGACAGCCAGCCUUCAGUUAUCCAACACCACAACAUCAACCUUUGACCUUUCCCACACACUCGUCAAAAAUGAUUACUUCAGUGACAUCAAUCCCCGCAGUAUGAGACGAUUGCUAAAUAUUGUUGCUGUCACUGGUCGACUGUUGAGAGCUUACAGUAUUGAUUUUAGUUGGUACCGACUUGCUGCUUGGAUCAAUUUAGUUGAACAAUGGGCUUAUCAUAUAUCUUGGGUAAUUUUAGAAUUUGAAGAUACAGAAAAUAUGGAUGAUUCAACAACUUUGAUAUCUAUAUAUAGAAAAAUUGUCCAUAAGAUUCCUACAUCUCGUGAUAUUGAGCCAUUAUUGGAGAUUGAUAAAGAUGUUAGAAAAAUGGAAGUGUUUCUAGCCAGUACAAACAGAAAUAGUCCAUUAUUGAAUGUUGGAGAUUUGAGAAAAUUCUUGCCUUGUACAAUAAAUUUGGAUCCUUACCUAAGAAAACUUAUACGAGAAAUGAAGAAAAACAUGGAUUUACAAAGAUCUGAAUAUUCCUUUAACUCCAUUUAUCCACCGGGCCCCUCACCUGCUUCCUCAAUGAUUGGACCUCGUGGUGAAACAGAACUGAAUACCCCAAAUCGUGGUUUAUAUAGCAGCCUGCAUCCAUCUUCAGGAUCCAUCACCAACCGUUAUAACAUGACUCCAGUCACCCAGUCAGGACCCAUGGCUUAUACAUCAAUGUUAGCUGCACAUACAGUCCCACAGUAUAUGAUCUCACCCACAGGAGUACCGUUAACACUUCAUCCAAAUAUUCCUAGAUUUCCUUCUAUUCUACCAAAGAAAACAGUAAGUGUUGCCUCUGAAAACUUUUCUUGUCUUAGAAAUAAUCUAAUGACAAUGCAAUAUGCAUAUAACUUCCAACGACUGUUGCCAAACUGUGGUGAGUCCUCCAAGCGUCUGAGUAAUUACAGCAUAGAAGAAGUAUGUGAAUUGCUCACCAAAAUUCAAGGAGUUGAUGCAGAGAGGCUAAAACAUUAUUCCAAAGUGAUUGGAGAAAACAACAUAAGUGGAUUGGUGCUGCUCACUUGUGAUCUUGAUGAAUUGAAAGUUGUUCUAGUAAUGCGUUUUGGAGAUUGGCAGCUAUUCCGCUCUAUGAUCCAGGAAUUACGUGAACAGGAACUGUCCCAACCUCCCAGCCCCACUUAUCGGCAACGUAACAAUGAAACACUAGCCAAUACAAACCGCACAACUGCAAACCAGUAUUCUCUUCCCAAGUCAAAAGCAAGUGACCCUACAUUGACUCGCCAUCGAGAUUCUGAUCCUAUAAAUGAAGCAGAAGAAGAAAGUUCUUUUAAAAAUGAUGACAUUACAGACUCCCUCCUUUCACCACCACCUUCAGCAAAUAACGCCAUGAAGCGAAAUGACAGCAUUUUUGCACAGAUGGAUAUGGAGUUUGGAAUGUUGCGUGAAGCCAUGGAAGAAUUUACAGAGACUUCAAUGGAUGAUAACCGAAACAUGAUUGAUGUCUCAUCUGACGUGUUCAUCCAUGACGACCAAAAAUCUCUCUCCUCGUCAUCUGCUGCAAUGAAGAUGUCAACAUCCUUGCCGCAGUGUGCAGUGGAGAUUGAGACUGAGGCCGAUGACAACAAGACAGAUUCCGUGCCUGCAACCAGCAGCUUCUACUUGGAAGAUACAGAUGACUCUCUGGACCUGACUGACUCGGCACCUCUUCUUCAACAGGCUUCAGGGGAUGACACUUUCUCUACAGAGACAUCCAUCCCUACAAGCCAUUCUCUUGGUCAGCUUAGCAACCGGACGUUUAGUACUCCCAGUUUGAAGUUGUCUCGCAGCAAGGAACCUGCUGUUGAGCCAUCGACCAAACGUCCAGUAGUGAUGAAGAUCAGUCAAUUUAUUGACACUGCUGACCCCAACAUAGUGCCCACCAUGAUCUCUAUGCAGGAUCUACAUCCCCAACCUCCAGCCUUACAAUCAAGCAUUGUGCAGUUUGUUCAGGAGUCUCUGGCACAGUCUAAAAGUGACCGACACCAAAAUACACAGGCCCAAGGAACCUCAAGAAAAAAAUCUCGAUCUGGGCCUACAGAAGGAGGACCAGGGGCACUGUCGAGUGAUACACCUGAGAUGUUAUAG